AUGGCGACUGGACUGCAGGUCUCGAAACCAGCAAAGAAGAAGAACUCCACCAAAGCAGGCACACCGCAAUGUCCCCGCAAGGUCACCAAUUCUACGAAGAAGGGCGCUGCUGCUCCUUCCAAACCCGGGUCAUCUAGCGGUGAGGGCCCACCUGGUGGCGAUAUUCGCAAGUCAAAUCGCCCUAGAAAGGCGAAAGUGUGGCUGGCGGAAGAUGCGGAUGGUAACGACGACACCGCUAAUCCUGCUACGCCUGUCAAGACUAAACGUCUGGGCGUUGUUUGGGAUGAUGCGGAGCACGAGGACGAAAGAAAGCCCAGCGGCAAAUCGGGAGCCGAGGCUGAAAACGAGGCGGACGAGGCUGAGGAAGAGGCUGAGGAAGAGGCUGAGGAAGAUGCGGAGGAAGAUGCGGCGAAAGAUGCGGAGGAAGAUGCUGAGGAAGAGGCUGAGGGGGAUGCUGGGGAAGAUUCGGAGGAUGAGGCGGAGGAAGAUGCGGAGGCAGAGGCGGAGGAAGAGGCUGAGGAUGAUGAGGAGGAAGAGACGGGUGACGAGUCCGGAAACGCGUCGGAAGACGAGUCCGGAGACGAGCCUUCGGACGAAGAGGACGGGGAGUCGGACGAUGAGCAGGGGGAAGAGGAAGAGGCGGAGAAGGAGAUGGAGAAGGACGAUGCGGCGGAAGUGGAUGGAGGCGCGGAUGCGCAUAAGCCAGAGGUCACGAGGAAGGCAAGCUUUGAUGAGAUGUUGGAAGAGCAGGGUGACGGUGAUAGUGAUGCCAUGGAGGCUGAGGCUGUGGCAAAAGAACGUGCAACCCUGGUUGAAAAGCUGAAGGCGCUGGAUGAGAUCAAGGGGACCGUUGUCAGCUCUAAGCAGGCUGGAAAGGGUGCAAAGGCACACGAGCGUUCAGAUCCGUCAAAGGUUCCGGCUAAGCCACCGCGAGGGAAACAUGCUGUCGCCGUGGCUAAGGGUAAGGAGAAGGUGGUGGAGAAACAGGUGCCGAAAGAGAGUAGCCCUGGUGGGAAGACGAAACGGGAGGAGUCCGCCUUGGUGGUUGGCGGUGCAACGAAAAAGCGGAACACUGGUGACGUUUCGGGCAAACCGAAGGCAGGUGCAAAGGCAGCAGACGUUGGGGCAAGAGGGGCUAAGGCAAAAGCGGGCGGUGGGGCUAAAGCGACCGCCAAGAAGGGCAACCCCAAAACCAAAGGUGACACUCACCACUCAUCCUAUCUGUCUCGUCCAAACCCUGCCGUGACCUUCCUCCCAUCCCUGGCGUUCCAUCCCUGCCGUACCCUAUCCUCCAAUCCCUGCCGUCCCAUCCCGAACCGUCGCCUUUCGUCCCAUCCCUGCCGUCACGUUCCUCCCAUACCUGCCGUCACCUUCCUCCCAUCCCUGCCGUCACCUUCCUCCCAUCCCUGCCGUCACCUUCCUCCCAUCCCUGCCGUCACCUUCCUCCCAUCCCUGCCGUCACCUUCCUCCCAUCCCUUCCAUCACCUUCCUCCCAUCCCUGCCGUCACCUUCCUCCCAUCCCUGCCGUCACCUUCCUCCCAUCCCUGCCGUCACCUUCCUCCCAUCCCUGCCGUCACCUUCCUCCCAUCCCUUCCAUCACCUUCCUCCCAUCCCUGCCGUCACCUUCCUCCCAUCCCUUCCAUCACCUUCCUCCCAUCCCUGCCGUCACCUUCCUCCCAUCCCUGCCGUCACCUCCCUCCCAUCCCUGCCGUCACCUUCCUCCCAUCCCUGCCGUCACCUUCCUCCCAGCAGCACCCAAGGACUCAGGAGCUGCACCACCAGUGA